GUACGUAGUUGGGAGAUUAACAUAAAUCAUAAAUGUAACCAGAAACCAAAGUUAAGCUCGGAAAGCUUCUGUUUUUUUUUCCUUGGCAAUCGAAAUGUUGCUAUAAAAGCAAGAUUUGCCAAGCUACUUUCAUAUUUCAUAAAUUACGAUGGGUUCGACACAGUUAGGAGCCAAAGAACUGCAUGCAGUCUGUGUCCCUUUCCCAGCACAAGGCCAUGUUAACCCCAUGAUGCAAUUAGCCAAGCUUCUGCACUCCAGGGGAUUCCGCAUAACAUUUGUCAACACUGAGUUCAACCACCGGCGUUUAAUCCGAUCCAGAGGUUCCGAUUCUGUCAAGGGACUACCGGACUUCCAAUUCGAGACCAUACCGGACGGGUUGCCACCUUCAGAUAAAGAUGCAACUCAAGAUGUCCCGGCUUUAUGUGACUCCACCAGGAAAACAUGUCUAGGCCCUUUUAAGGAGCUGGUGACUAAGCUCAAUUCCUCAUCUGAAGUGCCACAGAUUACUUGUAUAAUUUCUGAUGGUACCACGGGAUUUGGGAGGGAAGUUGCUAAGGAACUAGGGAUUCCUGAGGUGCAGCUUUGGACUGCUUCUGCUUGUGGCUUCAUGGCGUACCUGCAAUACAGCGAACUUGUUAAACGAGGCAUUGUUCCAUUCAAAGAUGAAAGUUUCAUGCAAGAUGGUAUACUGGAUAAGCCAAUUGAUUGGAUCCCAGGCAUGAAGAAUAUGAGGCUCAAGGACAUCCCUAGCUUUAUCAGAGUCACUGAUGUCAACGACAUAAUGUUCGACUUCUUGGGAUCCGAAGCACAAAACUGCUUGAAAUCCUCUGCAAUCAUCCUCAACACGUUUGACGAAUUUGAGCAUGAAGUGUUAGAAGAAAUCUCAGCCAUGUUUCCUAACAUUUACACAAUAGGUCCACUUGCUUUGCUUGGUAGGCACGUGCCUGAAAACAAAUUGGUGAAGUCCCUCAGCUCAGGCUUGUGGAAAGAAGAUGCAAAAUGCCUUGAAUGGCUUGACAAACAGAAACCCGAUUCGGUUGUAUAUGUGAAUUAUGGGAGCAUAACUAUGAUGACAGACCAACAUUUGAAAGAAUUUGCAUGGGGGCUUGCAAAUAGCAAGCACCAUUUUUUGUGGAUUGUUAGGCCAGAUGUGGUAAAAGGGGAUUCGGUUGUCUUGCCCGAAGAAUUUUUCCUGGAGAUUAAGGAUAGGGGUUAUAUAGCAAGUUGGUGUCCACAGGAGCAAGUGCUAGCACAUCCAUCAGUCGGGGUUUUUUUAACUCAUUGUGGUUGGAAUUCUACUAUUGAAACUAUAUCAGCGGGUGUGCCUGUAAUUUGCUGGCCUUUCUUUGCUGAGCAACAGACGAAUUGUCGUUUCCUGUGUACCAAUUGGGGAAUUGGUAUGGAGGUAAACAAUGAUGUUAAACGCGAUGAGAUUGAAGUGCUUGUCAAGGAAAUGCUGGAAGGGGAAAAAGGCAUGAAGAUGAGGCGAAAGGCAAAGGAAUGGAAGAAGAAAGCAAUAGCAGCUACUAACACCGGAGGAUCAUCGUACAAUAAUUUUGAAAGACUUAUUAAAGUGGCUCUUCAAUAAAGAACGAGUCAUUUGUGUACCUAGUUAGUAAUUUUUCGUAUUAUACGAGAAUAAAAUACCUUGUUAGUUCCAUUCUGGCGA